AUGCGGGUCAUAUACAGUUUAUCAGUUCUUCUCUUCUCGUCUCCUUCCACACUCAGCGUUUUUGCUUCAGAACAACAGCCUUUUGAAUUUGGAGAGAUGUCUGCACCACAAUACACCCUGCCUCCGCUCCCAUACGCAUACGAUGCAUUGGAACCACACAUUUCAGCCCAGAUCAUGGAGCUCCACCAUAGCAAGCAUCACCAAACAUACAUCACGAACUUGAACGGGCUCCUCAAGUCUCAAGCCGAAGCUAUUCACGCCUCCGAUAUCACGUCUCAGGUCGCUGUGCAACAAGGCAUCAAGUUUAAUGCUGGCGGACAUAUCAACCAUUCACUCUUCUGGCAGAACCUCGCACCUGCUGCCUCCCUAGAAGCAAAGAGUUCUUCUGCUCCAGAGCUCAGCAAGCAGAUUGAGGCGGUCUGGGGCGAUGUGGAGAAGUUCAAGGAGGCCUUCAACGCAGCUUUGCUUAGCAUCCAAGGAAGCGGAUGGGGCUGGCUCGUCAAGGUUGAGACCGGAAAGGAGCAAAGACUUGCUAUUGUGACAACCAAAGACCAGGAUCCCGUGGUGGGCAAAGGCGAAGUCCCAGUGUUUGGAGUCGACAUGUGGGAGCACGCAUACUAUCUACAGUAUUUGAACGGUAAAGCCGCCUAUGUCCAAAACAUCUGGAAAGUGAUCAACUGGAAGGUUGCAGAGGAUCGCUACCUCGGUUCUCGUGCGGAUGCGUUCAAGGUACUCAAGGCAUCUAUCUGA